CGCCGGGCCCGGGACCAUGCGCCGCCGCGGGGCUCUGCUCUGCCUCUCGCUGGGGACGCUGCUGGCCCUCGCCGACGCCAAGGGUGCCUUCUACCCGCCCGCGGCCCCCCUGCCCUACGGCGGCAGGUACAGCCUCUACACGGCCGGCUCCAGCCCGCAGCUCGGCCCCGCCAAACCCGUAGGCAAGCACAAGAGCUACUGUGCCUACGUGGUGCAGCGCAAUGUGACGUGCGUGCUGCAGGACGGGGCCGAGAGCUACGUCAAGGCUGAGUACCACAAGUGCAGCUGGGGACCCAAGUGCCCAGGGAAAGUGCUGUACCGCACCUUCUUCAGGCCCAAAUACAAGAUUGGGUACAAGACAGUGACUGAGCUGGCCUGGAGGUGCUGCCCCGGCUUCAUGGGAGAAGGGUGUCACGACAGCCCCACUGACCAACCCGGCCUCCUGCCCCAGCAGCCCAGCCCCAAGGUGCCUCCCGGGCAGAUGUUUCCAAUCCCCAGGCUUCCUCCCUAUCCCAAAAGCCACCCUGACCUGUUUCCAGGACCAAAGAAAAAUCACUAUGGCAGGAAGCUGCCGGGGCUCUUCGGGGACCGCCUGGACCGGCUGGAGGAGGAGGUGAGGCGCCUUUCCCAGUCCUACGACAGCCUGCACACCAUGGUGAGCGGGCUGGGCGACCGCCUGCGCCUCGCCAUCCAGGAGGACACCACCAGGAUGAUCGGCUCGCUGAUGAACAGCCCCGGCACGCCGGACUCCACGGUGGGCUUCGGCAUCAUUCCCGACAGCCUGGUGGAUGCGGCGGACAAGGCCGACAUCGCCGCGUUCCCUCCCGUGGGGGACAUCCUGACCAAGGUGACGGAGGUGAGCGACGUGCUGAAGACCAAGGCAGAUCUGCUGCAGGAGGUGCGCGGCAUGGUCCUGGACCACGACGGGCAGAUCAAGCAUCUGCUGGAGUCAGCCCGGCCCUCGCCCCUCACCUCCAUCGACCUGCUGGAGGAGUACGUGGACACGAGGCUGAGCAACCUGCGCGGGGAGCUGCUCGACGGCUUCGAGAAGAAGCUGGGCAAGCUCCAGAGCACGUGUGAUUUCCGGAUCCAGGAGGUGCGGCAGCAGUGCGAGGAGGAGAAAGCUGCCAACCUGCGGCUGCAGCAGACGCUGGACGGGAAGGAGCUCGAGAUCAAGAAAGAGAUCUCCCAGCUGGAGACCCAGAUCCAAGGGCUGACAGUAGUGGAAAGCUGCUGCAGCAACCUGGACUACCUCACCGAUCGCAUGAACAUCCUUGAGAAAGGCCUCCACAGCAUCUCUGAGUCCCAGAAGAACUUGCACUCCCGGCUGGAUGGAGAAAUCUCCACUGUCACCCUAGGGAACCUUUUUGAAGGGCGCUUUGAAGAUCUGGAAGCCAGACUCAAUGCUACAGAGAGAGAAACGGGGAGCUGCUGUUCUGGUAUAGAGGACAGCAUGAGAGGCACGGUGGUGGCAGAGGUGGACGGCAUGAGGACUGCCUUUGAAGACAAAAUGCAGACCCUGGAGGACAGGUUCAUGACCAUCGUGGGGGAGCUGAACAAUGUGAGCUCUCCCAUGGGAAUGGACGGUGCGGCGGUGCCCGUGCUGGAGGGGGAGCUUGCCAGCAUGAGGAAACAGACAGACGAGGCACUGGAGGUGCUGCAGGAUCGCCUCGUCACGCUGGAGAGCACUUGUUCCCUGGGCUGCAGCUCCGCCUCCAAAGACGUGGAGACCUUCCGCACCGAGAUCGAAGACUGCCAGAGCAAGAACCAGGACCUGCUCCUGCGCAUGGACAGCAACUACGACCUCCUGCGCAAGCUGAACGCCACCAUCCUGGAGAUCCAGCGGCGGAUUGAGGAGGAAGCGUCGGGGGCUUUGCAAGGGGAGAUCACCCUGCUGAAGAUCAACCUGAACACCGUGAGCAAGUCCCUGAUGGGGCUCAAGGACUCUGUCUCCCAGUACUCGGACACCGUGACACACGUCAACUCCUCCCUGGAUGAGCACGAGCGGAAGAUUGAGGAUGAGGUCCACUCCAUCCAGGAGAAGGUCAACGACCAAGGCUCCCAACUGUUCUUCAGCAACCGGCGUGUCCUCAACCUCAAGGGAGAUCUGGAGCGACUCAAAGCCAGGAUCAUCAACGACCUGAGCUCCUGCAAGAACGUGGCCCAUGACCUGCAGAAGGAGAUUGCUCACUUCGAUGACCGGGUGGCCCGGGUGGAGAGCGCCUGUGGCAGGCUGGGAGCCAUCACGGGAAGCCUGGAUGGCGUCAGGGAUGAACUGGAGAAACACAUGGGCAGCCUGUGGGACUACAUGGACCACAUGAACGGGACCCUGGCUGCCCACUCUCAGGAAAUAACGGGACUGAAGGACAACCUGAUGGACUGCCAGGCCAAGGUCUCCGAGCUGGCUGAGCAGGUUGGCCACUUGGAAGAGCAGGCGCAGGGGAAGCAGCAUUAGCCGUGUUGCCACGUGCUUCUUCCUUCUCCUCCCUGUGAAGGACGGGAUUAACUUCCAUCACACAGACUUGCUCCAACGUGACAACAGCUCUUGGGAUAUUUUUUUUAGUGAAAAGAUAAAUUAAAAGCUGCUACAACCCCUUUAUUUUUAUUUUUAAUCCUGUCUGCCCCACUCCUCCAUAAGGUGCCCAUCAGUACCUGCCAGCCCUGACCCUGGUGCAGCAGCAUCACUGCUCUGGCUGCGGCAUUGCUUUGGCUCCUGGGCUGAUGACCCCAGAAGGACAACUCAGGAGGAAGCUGGAAGCAGAAAGGGGAGGAUGUGUAUUUUAUUUGUGUGGAUUUGUCACUUCUUGAAGACUAAACCCCUGUAGUUACCGGCUGAGGAAUAGAGGCUCUGUGACCUGAAGACCACCUGCAUCUUAAUGAAGGGACUGAGCAGAGCCGGGGCUCCGGACAGGGAGCAAAACUCACCACAGGAAUUGUGGAUCUCAGAGAACACACGUGCCCACACAUCCCCUGGGUGCUGCCUUCCCCCUUGAGACAGCAGCCCACCUCACGUGCCAUAAAUCCAUCUACACUGUGCAUGCUCCUUAUGGAGCAUGUGAGGAUCUGCAUUAGGAAAACACACACAUGCAUACACAUAUGUAUGGUAUGUGUAUGUAUAUUUUUGAACAAUCCCUUGCUAUGGUGCUCAUCUGAUUGCAGUCUCCUCUUGCUGCCCACAUGUCCCUUGCUGUACAUUGAAGAACCAAUUGAGCAGCUAAAACCUGUCCCUCAGGACAUCCAUGUCCCGCAGCCCCACUGUGCUCUGCUCACUGCUUACACCUGGGGCCAAUAGGAAGGGUUAUGGAAAACCUGUGUCUUCCCCCACAAGACGUGUGUCCAUAAGCCUCUGCAGGAGCUGGGCAUGGAGCAGUCCCUUCCUCCAGCUCUGCUUUUCUCCUGUUUUAUCACUGAAACUGAACAUGGUUUUCCUCAUCUCAUGCCAGGGCAGGAGAGCUCCAGGGGCUGAGUGUGAGGCUCUCCCUGUGCAGAGCAGGAGUCUGCAUCCUCCUCAUGUUCCUCUGAGCUCACUGGGAUGCCAGCAGCCCUGGGGACCCACGCUGGUGCAGAGCAGGGUACCUUUGAGAAGAUGUCUUGAGUCCUCAGCUCAGCCUGGGAAUGAAGAAGCUGUGAUUUACACAGCCAGCUUGGCUGCUUUCCCACAGACAGGCAGGCUGGAGAACACUGAACGUGUUCCCAAGCAGCUCCAGCCUUGCCCUAUGGAGCCGGAGCCUGGACUGAGUGCCCUUGGCUCACAAAAGCCACCUCUCCCAGGGAGCCUGGCAUGGAUGUCCCCUGCUGCUCAGCCAACACAACUUCACUACCAGAAAGGAUGAAGGAGAGAUGAAAGAGCUUCCAUCUGACCAGCUCUGGCACUUUAUAGCAGAGGACCAUGGUUUUCCAU